AUGAGUGAUGUUGUAAUAGAGCACGAUAUCCAUGUGUUCGAUUCGAUACUCCGAAGACUACCAGAAAAGACACAAAUAUUGCUUAAAACACUUCCAUUAUUAGAUGGAGUGACAGUCCAACUGCUUCGGUUUCUCUCUGCUAAUUCACUAAGAACUAUCCUAGCUAUAAUAUCAGAUGCCAGUCCAAAAGCGUUUCCUCUAGAACAAGACCUUUAUCAUUCUCUGCUAGCAUUAUUCAUAAAGCUCGUAUCACUUUACAACACAAAGCCUCAACUGUUGAGAGUAUCGCAUAUUUUCCCAGGUGUGUGGCAUGACCACCAUCCGUCACCUUCUUUUAUACAGACACACGAGAGGUACAUCCUUUUAGUUCUUCGAAAGGUUAACAUAUGUUUGUUUUUGUUGACUCUUUUGAAAGAGUUGCCCUUUGGUAUCAGCUUCUUAGCUGACAACUUCAUUGAGGUCUUCUGUUUUAACGUUGACAGUUCAAAAGUGGAAGACCUUAUCACUGCCAACAGGUCCAGAAUAGUUUAUGGAAGACUAUUAAAACCGCAGACGGUUUUAUACCUUGAUUUGAUGACACAGUACUACAUCAGUGCGUUGGUUUCAUCUUCGACUCCACACACCAGCAAAUCACCACUAUUGGAUCAAGUUUUCCCCGACACUAUCCUGGAUGAUAUCAAGGAUAAGACUAUAAAAUAUGCUGGCAAAUAUAUGCAAUUGCAAAUACAAUGCACUGAAACAGAUUUUAAAGAAAGAUGCAAGCGACGUAAGACUGCCAUUCUCGAAUGCCCAGACUUACAAAAAUUGAUGAAGAAAUACGAUUGGGAGGAAUGUUGUAAAGAAGUGUUUUCUUACGGGAUUAAGCGGGCAGAUGUCUUGCUCUAUGGUAGAAGAGGCAAGGGAUUGAGUUCUGUUCCAUCUCGUACACCAACACCUGUAGAAACAAUACCAGCUCCGGUACAGAGCGAAACACUUCCAGUUGAAGAGGGGGAAAGCGAUCUAGUUGAAGAGUUGCCCAAUACUAUCAAUACUACUGAAGCUGAGGUAGAUGUUAAGAGUACAGUGCUAAGGACCAAUGAACCUCAAAGAAGAAUAGACUUACCCGUUAAGCCCUUCAAGACAAAACCUAAGCAAAAAAAGAUGUGGACACAAGAGGAAGAAGAUUGUUUGAAAUCCGGUUUGAAACAGUGCGGACCUGCAUGGGCCAAAAUAUUAUCUCUGUACGGUCCUGGAGGAACGGUGUCGGAAUCUUUAAAGAACAGGUCCCAAGUUCAACUGAAGGACAAGGCAAGAAAUUGGAAAAUGCACUACUUAAAAAAUAUGAAACCAGUUCCAGAGUACUUGGAGAAGGUGACAGGUGAUUUAGAAAGAGGUCUGAAAAGCAAGAAGAAACCCAAAUCCAAGCCCAAACCAGCGGUCUGA